CCUCGCCCCGGUUUGACCAAUGGGAGCCGUUCGCUUCUGUUGGUGGGCGUGUCCUCCGCCGGCUCAACCAAUGUUAUACCUGGUGGUGCUCAGAAGUUACUCCUUGCUUGGCUUUCAGAAAUUAUUGCUGGCAGCAAGGACACAAGAUUGGAAAUGACAGCUCAGGAUUUUCCUAAGAAGUUUCUCAUCACAAGAAAAUGGAUGGAUUUAAGGGAGAAGGUUUACAUUUCUCCAUUCUAGGUGACAGCUGGCACUAUAAGGACCAAGAGCGACAUUUGAAGCCAUCCUUUUUAAGUGAAGAAAACCCAGAUAUUCAGAAAGCUACGUGUGCAUACCCUGGACUUGGGGAGCAUUUCAUUGCAAGCUCAGACUUUGAAACAAACAGUUUUCAUAUAUAUGACUCAGAUGUCCAAAGUUUAGAUUAUGACCAAAUCUUGCAUACUUUUCAGAAAAGUUAUGCAUCUAUGAGAACUGGUGACAAUGACAACUGUGAAAAAACCUUCAAUCAUUCUACAGAACUUAUUCAACUUGGAAGAAAUCAAACAAGAGAGAAACCUUGUAAAUACUCUGAAAGUGUUAAAUCUUUCCAUCAUUUUGCCUCUCUUGGUGAACAAAAAAUAAUUAAAAGAGGGAAGAGAUUUUAUGAAGACUUUGGAAAUAUCUUUACCUUUAGUUCAUCUCUUAAUGAAAACAGAAGGAAUCACUCUGGAGAGAAACUAUAUAGAUGUACUGAAUGUGGUAAAUGCUUCAAACGUAAUUCUUCCCUUGUUUUGCACCAUCGAACUCACACCGGAGAGAAGCCUUAUUCUUGUAAUGAGUGUGGAAAAUCCUUCUCCAAGAACUAUAACCUAGUUGUACAUCAAAGAAUUCAUACAGGAGAGAAACCUUAUAAAUGCAGUAAAUGUGGGAAAGCCUUUAGUGAUGGCUCUGCUCUGACACAGCACCAGAGAAUUCACACUGGGGAAAAACCUUAUGAAUGUCUAGAUUGUGGAAAAACGUUUAACCGAAAUUCAUCCCUGAUUUUGCAUCAAAGAACUCACACAGGGGAAAAACCAUUUAGAUGUAAUGAGUGUGGGAAACCUUUCACUGAUAUAUCCCACCUUACUGUGCAUAUCAGAAUUCAUACUGGAGAAAAACCUUAUGAAUGUAGCAAAUGUGGCAAGGCUUUUCGAGAUGGUUCAUACCUCACCCAGCAUGAAAAGACUCACACUGGAGAAAAGCCCUUUGAAUGUGUGGAGUGCGGGAAAUCCUUCAAUCGUAACUCUCACCUCAUUGUGCAUCAAAAAAUACAUACUGGAGAGAAGCCCUAUGAGUGUAAGGAAUGUGGAAAAUCUUUUAUUGAGAGUGCUUACCUUAUCAGGCACCAGAGAAUUCAUACUGGUGAGAAGCCCUAUGGUUGUAACCAGUGUCAGAAGCUUUUUAGGAAUGUUGCUGGUCUCAUCCGGCACAAGAGAACUCAUACUGGUGAGAAGCCUUAUGCAUGUAAUCAGUGUGGCAAAGCUUUCAGGGACAACUCCUGCCUGACCAAGCACCAGAGAAUUCAUACUAAGGAGACCCCAUAUCAGUGUCCAGAAUGUGGAAAAUCAUUUAAGCAGAACUCUCAUCUGGCAGUACAUCUGAAACUUCAUAGCAGGGAAGAUUCCAGCCAGUGUCUGCAACGUGGAAAAACAUUUUGAAAGAGCUCAUCCCUCAUCCGACAUCAAAGAGUACAUCCUGGAGAGCAACUCCUAGAGACAGAAUAAAUGUGGACUUCACUCAUCUCUCACCUUGAUUUCAUCGAGCAAUGUAUUCAGAAAGACUUCUCCCUGAUGGUUAGAAAAGUCCACUGAGCUGGUGAAUGUGAAGGCAUUCCUUAGCUACACUUUUAAGUCUGUACAUUUGGGAACUCCUAGAGAUGUACAUGAUAGUAAAUAUGGGGGAAACUCUAGUAAUGAUUGAGUCUGUAGCAAACAAUAGCACAUACACUGGAUUAAAACCUAUGAAUGUCAAGAAA